GAGCCUCCACGGGGUGGGCGGAAGGGCCAGAAACCGGGGCCGCUCUGUCCCCCCACUUCCGGCAGCACCUCGCUGCUCCGGGAGCCGCUGCCGCCGCGUACGCAGUUUCCAUGGGGACUGAAGAUGGCGCCGCGAGGUAAACGCUUGUCCUCCACCCCGCUGGAGAUCCUGUUCUUUCUGAACGGGUGGUACUAUGCCACCUACUUCCUGCUGGAACUCUUCGUAUUUCUGUAUAAAGGUCUCCUGCUUCCAUAUCCAACAGCCAACCUAAUAUUGGAUGUGGUGAUGCUUCUCCUCUAUCUCGGAAUUGAGAUAAUCCGACUGUUUUUUGGCACGAAGGGAAACCUCUGCCAGCGCAAGAUGCCACUUGGUAUCAGUGUGGCUUUGACCUUCCCAUCGGCCACGAUGGCCGCCUACUACCUGCUGCUGCAGACCUACGUGCUGCGCCUGGAAGCCAUCAUGAACGCCAUCUUGCUUGUCUUCUGUGGCUCAGAGCUGCUGCUGGCGGCGCUCACCCUGGCUGCAUUCUCCAGUAUGGACAGGAUCUGAAGUCGACAACUUCCAACCAGCUUUCACGGACUGAGACCACACACACUCCUGGUACAUCCACUGUGCCAGUGAGAAAUGAUGGGCCAAGCUGUCCUAGGUGGGGGAGGCGGGCGGCUUUUUCUCGGCACAGCCACAUGGGGAACCAGCUGAGCGUAAGGCCACCAGGCCCCGUCUCCUCAACUGAGACCAUCAGUCAACCCAAGAGACUCUUCUGUAUUCCAGGGUAGGGCCGGGCAAGGCCGUUCUCUGCCCUGGGCCUUCUCAGUAAGGACUCCCUGCUGACUUCCAGUUCCCCUCUUGAGCCUUUGUGGUCAGAGCAUCUGUGUGCACCACACUGGGUCCUUGGACUCUCGGCAGGACCAGAGCCGCCUCCGGUAUGUGUGCGGUGUCGCACCAGUCACACAAGCAGGCUUAGACUCAGGGUGUGGUGCUGGUAAUGGUGCGGGAGCCCCUCAUCCAUUCCCGAGCUGGGGUACCACAUUUUUUUUUUUUUUUGUAGCUCAUAGUGUUAUUUUUCUACUCUCAUCAUGAAACGACCGCCAUUUUCUAAUAAAAACCUAUUUUCUGUU